AUGGACCAGCAGCAGUGUAUCAUCGAUACCCACCACCUCACGACACACACCAUGGGCAGAGGAGAUCUCGGCCGGGGGGAGGGGAAGAAGAGGCUCAUCUACAUGCUGAAGGACGGUAGCUGCCCCGUGGUGUUCCACCAGUCCCCGGGCCAGUGGAGCUUCUUCCUGGCCGACAUCUUCACCACGCUAGUGGAGCUCCGCUGGAGGGUCAUGCUCCUCAUCUUCUGCCUCUCCUACAUCCUCUCCUGGCUCUUCUUCGGCCUCCUCUACUUCCUGAUCGCCUACGUCCACAAAGACCUGGAGGACCACGACACAGCACCGUGUGUGGCGAACGUCCGCAGUUUCACCUCCGCCUUCCUCUACUCCAUGUCGACCCAGGCGACUAUCGGCUACGGCUUCCGGGUGAUGACGGAGAACUGCAUGGUGGCCAUCGUGGUGAUGACAAUCCAAGCCCUGAUGAGCUGCUUCAUCGACACAGUCGUCAUCGGCAUCACCGUGGCCAAAAUGGCGUGCGCGAGCAAGAGGGCGCAGACGGUGGGCUUCAGCAGGUGCGCCGUGGUCAACGUGCGCGAUGGCGCCCUGUGCCUUGUGUGGCGCAUCGCCGACUUCCGCAGGAACCACAUCCUGGAAGGUACCGCCCGGGCGCAGCUGGUCCGCCCCACGAAGCACCCCUCUGGGAUGAUCUCUGUGACCUACCAGGACCUAGACAUCCAGAGUAGACACCUCAUCCUGGCCACCCCGGCCAGCAUCGUUCACAAGCUGGAGCCUGGGAGUCCCCUCUACAGCCUGGGACCAGACAGCCUGAGGGAGGAGGACUUUGACCUGGUGGUCUCCUUCACCUACACUGGUGACUCCACAGGCGUCCUGCACCAGACACGUACCUCUUACACACCAGCAGACAUCCGCUGGGGCCAGCGCUUCCAGGACAUGGUACAGGUGGGGAGGAGGCACUACAAGGUAGACUAUGCCCUGUUCCAUCAGACCACCUGGGUGCAGACGCCCAUGGUCAGCGCCCAGGAGGGUGACAGGGGGAGACCGCCAACCACGGAGUCUAUCGUCCAAUCGCAGCAGCCGUUUGUGAGAUCGAGCAGGAAAUUCCGGAGGUCCUUGGCUGAUGUCAGUGAGGAGGUGGUUCAGGAGGCGUGGCUCUGA